AUGUCCAUUGACAGCGGCGAGUCCAUUACAUCCCAGGUGCCCCGAGCCCGGGUUAUUCCCGCCAGCGCCGGGUAUACCCCCCAAGAGCGGCAGUAUGAGCAGGCGGCCGUCCAACAGCAGGCGCAGGCCAUGCAGGCUGGGAUUGAUGAGGAAUUCAUUGAGCAGGAGGCCCGGCAAUGGCUGGACCAGUGUUAUAUUUGCACGGUUCGGGGGCGGGAUGGGGACCAUCAAUUAGAGCAAUGCACGCAUGCAGAGAGCCAUGCAGCGCAGGAAUGGUUGGGGCAGGUGCAGCGGCGGGUGGAUUAUGUGCCGUUUCGGUGUUGUUAUCAAUGCGGGAUGCCGCAGGCGAUAUGCCAUGGGUGGCAGCAUGGGGAGGCAUGUACAUGGCGCGGGGCGUUGCUCCCGAUGAUUGCCGGGAUGGUGUACGGGCCAUUCCGCCGUAUGGUCCAGCCCGCAUGGGAGCAGUGGUUACAGCCGCGGCAGUUGGAGGGCCGGGUGAUAUACGCCGGGAAGAUAUUCCAGCAGGAGAUUGUGGCCGGGCCCGUUCCGGCCGGGGAUUAUCGAUCGGUGGCGGCAUUUUUUGGGCAGGGUACUGUUGAUAGACAGGGAGUUGAGGUCCAGGCAGUAUUUUGUUGGUUACGACGG